AUGGCCAAAAUUAAACUACUGGCAUGCAUAGCAGUGCUGGUCGUGCAUUUGGCAUUCGGCGAAGAACAAGCGCCGAGUGAUGUAAGCGUAGAAUCAGUGCCUUACACCAGCCCAACUGCGAGCAAAGUAGGCGUGUACCUGGCCGAAAAUUUCGACAAUCAAUCAUUAUUGGACACAAAAUGGAUUAAAUCUAAUUCCAAGAAGCCAGAUGUUGAUGAGGAAUUAGCUCAAUAUGAUGGUAAAUGGAAUAUUGAAGAACUAGAAAGAUUCCCUCUGAAAGGUGACAGAGGUUUAGUUUUAGCAUCAGAGAGUCGUCAUGCAGCUAUUUCAUCAAAACUUGACAAACCAUUCAAGUUUGAUGGUGGAAAAACUCUAGUUAUUCAAUAUGAAGUAGCGUUUCAAAAGCCACAUACUUGUGGCGGAGCAUAUUUAAAGUUGCUUACUGAUGGUCCUCAUAUUAAGGAUUUAACUCAGUUUAAUGAUAAAACUCCUUAUUCGAUUAUGUUUGGCCCAGAUAAAUGUGGACCAACUUCCAAAGUGCAUUUUAUAAUUAGACAUAAAAAUCCUAGAAACAAUACAAUUACUGAAAAACACUGUUUAAAAUUAAAAACUGAAGAAUCUGUAUUUACUGACCAUCAACCUCAUUUGUAUACCUUAGUUGUUAAACCAGACAACUCAUAUUCAUUCUUUUUAGACCAAGAAUUGCAAUAUGAAGGAGAUUUACUAUCAGAAGAUGAUUUUAAUCCACCAAUUAACCCACCAAAAGAAAUAGUUGAUAAGAACGAUGUAAAACCUGAAGAUUGGGAUGAAAGAAGUAAGAUUCCUGAUGAAAGUGCUGUUAAACCAGAUGAUUGGGAUGAAAGCGAACCUGAAAGUAUUCCUGAUGAAUCUUCUUCUAUGCCAGAUGAUUGGUUGGAAGAAGAACCCACUCACAUUCCUGAUACAGCAGCAGUUAAACCCACUGAUUGGGAUAAUGAAAUGGAUGGAGAAUGGGAACCACCUUUAAUUAAUAAUCCAAAAUGUGAAGAUCGUUCAGGUUGUGGACCUUGGUCAAGACCAUUAAUGAAAAAUCCAAAGUACAAAGGCAAAUGGAAGCAGCCAUUAACAGACAAUCCAAACUAUCGUGGAAAGUGGACUCCUCGGCUUAUACAUAAUCCUGAUUACUUUUAUGAUAAAAAUCCACUUAAAUCUUCACCUAUUGGUGCUGUUGGUUUUGAAUUGUGGUCUAUUUCAGACAAAAUUUAUUUUGAUAAUGUCGUAAUAGCAGAUGAUGAGGUACAUGCUGAAAAAUGGUCAGAAGUAACAUGGUCACUAAAAAAGAAGAAUGUAUCUCAAGAAUCGGAAAGUGUAUUUGGAGCUGUAAUUAGAUAUACCAAUGAGAACCCGUGGUUGUGGGCUGUGUAUGUAGUUGUUAUUGCAGUAACUGUUGUAUUAAUAGUUAUAACCUGCUGCACAUCAAAAGAAAAGACUUCUUUAAAUGAAUCGAGUAAGAAAACUGAUGAGCCUGUACCUGACGUAGAAGCAGAAGCAUCUGAUGAAGAACAUGAAGCAGAUAUAAAAGAAGAUGAAGAAGUUGAUAGUAAAAGUGCUGAUGAUGAAGAAGAAAAUGUUGAAUUAGAGGCUGAUCAAACUAAUGAAGAGCAAGUACCAUCAUCUCCAAGAAAACGCAGAACAAGAAAAGACUGA